GCCUUUACUACUUUGUCAACAAAUUCACAUGUGAGAGACCUACGAUGACAACAUUCUCAAACCCUUCUCAGCUGCUUCCCCUUGAACUGGUAGACAAAUGUAUAGGAUCUCGAAUCCACAUUGUGAUGAAGAAUGAUAAAGAAAUAGUUGGAACUUUACUUGGUUUUGAUGAUUAUGUCAAUAUGGUAUUAGAAGAUGUAACAGAAUUUGAAAGCACACCAGAAGGAAGACGAGUUACUAAGCUAGAUCAAAUUCUUCUGAAUGGAAACAACAUUACUAUGCUUAUACCUGGUGGUGAAGGACCAGAAAUGUAGAAGUCAUUUGAUCUCAUGACAUCACUGUGAAGAACCACCUACAUGUGUUUCCAUAGCAACAUCAUUUUAUAUCGACAUCUUCAUUUUUUUUGUCAUAUUGUAUAUAAUAUCAUUCAUUGUCAAGAUUCAAAUCAUAAAAAGACAAAAUUAAAAAAAUUUAAAAUGA